AUGGACGAUGGCUUCAAUCCCGGAGCAGAGGGCACUAGUCUAGAGCUACAAUACGUGUCUCCCGCUCUUCCUAUGUAUUCAUAUGCCCCACAAGGUGGCCCUGCUAGUACAGCCGUUUUUGGUCCUACGCCUGCCUCUGUUAUACCGCCACCCCCAUUCCCUGUGUAUUUUGAGAGAUACCGGGCGAUGGGAGCCUUGCGACAGAAAUGGAUCGACGAUCCCACGGAUCCCAGCAACAAUGUAAGGCCAUUCAGACUUAACUUCAGAUACUUAACUCGAGAAUUCCCAAUGAGAUUGCCUUGGGACACGAGAUUUGACAAAGUGCUCAAGGUUCCUAACUACAUGGCGGAUGUAAUAGCAGGGCUUGGUCUCCCGGUCGAAGCCCGGCAAAUGAUCCUGGUCAAUAGACCUAAUGAGCGCAGGACACCCUAUAAUCUUGAUUCAGCCAGGCUAGGCUACCGAAAGAAGUUUAACGAACAAAAUAACGCCACCGCAGAGGGGUAUAUCCUCGCCCUGGAUGUUCACAGAGAGGAUGGGCCCCACUGGUCAGAUUUCGUCCUUGCGCAGUACAUUCUUAAGCACAAGAUUGAGACCUUGAGGCACGUUUUCAUUGGAAAUGUUGUUAACAAUGAUACUCGGGACCUUAUGUUUGCCAUUUUUGUGGAUGCGCUUGGGUUGCCAGGGCGGCAACCGCCAAUCGAAGAAAUCCCAGAGGGCACAUCUAUUACUUGUGAAUUUGGAACUCCCAAUUAUCAGGCUGUUCUAGGAACAACUUUUGGAAAGGGAGUGGCUGCCAUUAUAAUAGCAGGAUUCCCCAAUGGUCAGUAUCGUAUCGCAAGAAUCAUUAUGCAGAAACGCUUCCUGAUGCAGUUGCAAUUCGAUAUCCUGCCAACUGAACAAGUGCCGGAUCCAGGCCCUGCUGCCGCUCAAGCAGUUGCUCCAUCUGCUCUCGCUCAAGAAGCAGCUCCCUCUGUUCCCGCUCAAGGAGCAGCUCCGUCUGCUUCCGCCCAAGCAGAAGAUCCGAUGGAUUGUGGCGAGUGA